CAUUUCCGUGAGUUAACUGUGGGUGAAAACUGUUGAAAAAAGCGAGUCAGAGAUUUGGUGGGGGCGGGGGGAAGAAGAGCAGGAAGGAAAGGAGGAAACACUGAAUUUUAUAAGACAAAAGACGUAGCAUAAGCGUACUGUAAAGUAUGGGGACAAGAUUAAACCCUGGUCUACCCCUUCCAGCUGUCCUGGGAACAAGUUCAUUAGAGGCCAACAAGACCAGCUGAAGCAGUCCUGUUUAUCCCCGCAGUGCUUGGACUCCUCGGGAAAAGGCGGCGAGCUGGGAAUCAAGCCACCGGCCUGCUGUGAGGCCCCCGUCAAAUCAAUGCAUCUCUCCGGCCCAGUUUCCCCGCAGGAAAAUGAGGUGGCUGGCACCAGGCUGAAUACGCGGCAGACCCGGAUCCGGCUCACCUGCGUCCCGCCUCCAGCUGCUGGCACAGUGCAGGCUCCAGCUGGAGCAGGCAGUAGUCGCCGGCGGCGGCGCUGGCCCCAGGGCCGAAGCCCAAGCAGUGCACCGUGGGCAGCAGCUCGGCCGUGUUCACCUUGGCGAUCUGCAGCGUCGCGUCCACCUCGUCGCGGGUCCUCUUCAUCGUUGUGCAGGGGCCGCCAGCUCAGGGAUCGAGCUGUGUGGGUAGAAGAAAGGGCACUCAGGACUUCGACCUCAACCAGCAUGAUUAGCUCCGAACCGACGCCCCGCCCAGAUGUUGAUGUUUUCCUCCUUCGGUCCCGCCCCCGACCACGCGGGACUCCAGCCACGCCCCCCAGCUGGAGUUUCAGGGGCGGACUCGCCGAGUGGCUCAGCCUACCCACAGGGAUUCCCUCUCUAGCCAAUCGCGUCCCAGCUACGGGACUGCCCCUAACAAAGAUGGCGGGGAAGGCUUCACUGAGGGCAGACUGAUUUAACGCCUGAACCCACCACGGACAGCAAAGACAGUGGUAGCGGCGCAGCCCGGACCAUGGAGGAGGGCAGCAGCGCUGGCAGCGGCGGCAGCGACGGCAGCACUAGCGGGAGUGGCGGAGCGCAGCAAAGGGAGCUGGAGCGCAUGGCUGAGGUCCUUGUCACCGGGGAGCAGCUACGGCUCAGGCUGCACGAAGAAAAGGUUAUUAAAGAUAGGCGACAUCAUCUCAAAACCUACCCAAACUGUUUUGUCGCAAAAGAACUGAUUGACUGGCUGAUCGAACACAAAGAGGCUUCUGACCGAGAGACGGCAAUUAAGCUCAUGCAGAAAUUAGCAGACCGGGGCAUUAUUCAUCACGUGUGUGACGAGCAUAAGGAAUUCAAGGAUGUCAAACUCUUCUACCGCUUUAGAAAGGAUGACGGCACCUUCCCACUGGACAAUGAAGUGAAGGCCUUCAUGAGAGGACAGAGGCUGUAUGAGAAGCUGAUGAGCCCUGAAAACACCCUCCUGCAGCCCAGGGAAGAGGAGGGGGUCAAGUAUGAGCGCACCUUCAUGGCGUCUGAAUUCCUGGAUUGGCUGGUUCAGGAGGGUGAGGCCACCACGAGGAAGGAGGCAGAGCAGCUUUGCCAACGGCUCAUGGAGCAUGGCAUCAUACAGCACGUUUCCAACAAGCACCCAUUUGUGGACAGCAAUCUUCUCUACCAGUUCAGAAUGAACUUCCGGCGGAGGCGAAGACUGAUGGAGCUGCUCAAUGAGAAAUCCCCCGGCUCCCAGGAAACGCAUGACAGCCCCUUCUGUCUGAGGAAGCAGAGCCACGACAAUCGGAAAUCUACCAGUUUUAUGUCAGUCAGCCCCAGCAAGGAGAUCAAGAUCGUGUCUGCUGUGCGGAGGAGCAGCAUGAGCAGCUGCGGCAGCAGUGGCUACUUCAGCAGCAGCCCCACCCUCAGCAGCAGCCCCCCAGUGCUCUGCAACCCCAAGUCUGUGUUAAAAAGACCCGUCACGUCUGAGGAACUCCUGACUCCCGGAGCUCCGUAUGCAAGGAAGACCUUCACGAUUGUUGGUGACGCCGUUGGCUGGGGCUUCGUGGUGCGGGGAAGUAAGCCAUGCCACAUCCAGGCCGUGGACCCCAGUGGCCCUGCAGCCGCUGCAGGGAUGAAGGUCUGUCAGUUUGUCGUCUCUGUAAAUGGGCUUAAUGUGCUGCAUGUGGAUUACCGGACCGUAAGCAACCUGAUUCUGACGGGCCCACGGACGAUUGUCAUGGAAGUCAUGGAGGAGUUAGAGUGCUGAGUGGGUGGCCCUCCAGCCCUCCCCAGGGCCUUGGAGGAUCAAGACAGAACACAGAGCUGUGCAAUGACAAGACUUCCCUGUACAUGGAUGGCUUUGGACGUACCUGUCUUCUCUGUACCUACACAUUUUAAUUCGAGUUUCAUACACUGUGUCACUGUUCGAAUGUGGAAAACUGGGUCAUCCAUCUUAAAACAAACAAACAAACAAACAAACUUAUGUCAGGGUAGAAAAUGUUCAAGACACAGAAUUUUCUGAUAUAGUAGCAUCAUUGCCUUACCCGAUUUCUACGUGUAGUUUUCAUCCAUUGUUUUUUCUCAGUUUGCAGAAAGUUGUUGAAAUGUUUCUCUCGCCAAAACAGCAACAUGCUAAAAUCCCCUUCAUAGGAGUCAAUAAGGUGUUUUUACAGACCUUAAGUUAUACUCUCACCAAAGCAGCAUGGAGCUGUUUAUUAGAGGAUCUGGAUUUCAUCAGACUUCAAAUUAAGGCAACAUCCAAAAGAAUAGUACUAGUUAAUUAGCAUUUUGAAAGUUCUAAAGUAUUCAAGUGCUUAAAAACCAUCAAAUUUUUGACUUGUUCUUAAUUCCUGCCUUUAGUAUCAACUUUUAACAUGGGUUCUCAAUUAUGGCAUUGGUCAAAAAAUAAAUAUAAAAACUUUAUGAUGGUGUGGGUAGGGUGGAUAGAGAGAUUCUACUUAAAACUAUGUGUUCUGUUUACUGUUUCUGAGCCUACGUCAUUUUGUUCCAUCAAUCAACAACAGUGGCUUUCUAGAAAUAAUCCUGAAUAUGUUGAAUGUCAAAACAGACAAGUUUGUAUAUACACAUAUAAUGCAAAAUCUAGCCCCUGUCAAGAUUUCUCUUUGAAGUUGUCCCUUUUUAAAUAAAGUAUUCUAGAACUUGGCCCAUAUAUGAUAAAACUUGAAACUCAAUUGCCAUAUUGGCCUGAAUUUUUAUUAGCUUUCUAGUGUAACAUAUUCUAAGGACAUGACAUGCUGCUUAUUUGGCGGGAUUAUUUUUCACCCAAAGCGCCUUUUUGUGUUAUAACUUUUCAGCUCACUUGUAUUUAUGCAUGUUUCUUUCUUUCCUUUUUUUAGUUCUAGAAAAGAAUGCAUUUUGGGGCUUGGCGUAUAGAGGAAAUUCCUCUAAGAGCCAGAUUAGGGAGUCAGGGAAUGCUCAGUUCCUCUUAUUUUCAUAUAAUGCAUUCUGAAUGACCAGGUUACUUUCUUAUCAUGGGUUAACAAAAUCUGAAUGUUGUACCUCAGCCUUUUUUUUUUUUUUUUUUGGUAAUAGGUUAUUAUAAUUUAGUAAUGGUACUGGUAGAAUGGACAGGCCAUGCUAACUCACAUGUUUCUGGUAAUCCAACUUUUUUCUGAUCUGUAGUUUGAAUCAGAGAAUAGAGUUUUGAAGAACGAGAGACUGUAGCUAACAUUAAUACUCUCGAUCUAUAGUUGAGAACUGUUAUUGUCUCUGUGUGCGUGUGUGCGCGCGCGCGCGCGUGCGUGCAUUUAUACUGUGCGCCAGGCUCUGUGCUAUGGCUCUUUACAUACACGCUGCCUUUUCAUCCUCAUCACCACCCUGCAAGGUAGAGAUUAUCCUCCUCAUUUUUCAGACGUGGAAACUAAGGCCGAGCAAGUUUAAAAAUGGUGUUUAGGGAGUUCCCUGAUGACUCUGAAGGUUAAGGAUCCAGCAUGGGCACCACAGUGGCUCAGGUUGCUGCUGCGCUGCGGAUUCCCUCCCUGGCCCAAGAACUUUCACAUGCCGUAGGUGUGGCCAAAAUAAUAAAUAAAUAUAAAAACGGCGUCUGAAGUUCACACGGUUGUAAGAAAUGCGAAGUGAUAGAGCCUGGAUUCAAACAUUAGUUUAUUUAAUGCUGAAACCCACGCUACGCCCUCUCCCACUCCUCCCCAGCCUUUCCCCAUUUGGGGACCUUUUCUCAAGGGUUUAUUCUGUACCCAGUGCUCUGCUAAAACUACGCAUCGCCUAUCCUUCCCGACCUGGGAGGUCAGCAUUGUCGUUAUGUCCAUUUUACAACUGAGGAAACAGACUCCUCAAGAAGUUAGUCAUACGCCCAAGGCCACGCAGCUAGAAAGUGGGAAGCCUUACCAUUAGGCUUUUUUAAAAAAAUGGUACCAUCUUUAAAAGAUGUGUCCUAAAUGCCUCUUGUCCCCAGGUAUUCAUUAAUUGACAAAAGGAGAAGGAAGGCCUUUGGGGAAUGGCAUCUUCUUGCCUGCUCUGUGUCCUUUCGACUCAUCUCCUGAUGCCCACUGUCUUGGACCUCAGCAUGGCACCUCUUCCCUUUAGCCCAUCUCAGCACCAAAAGAGCACCUGUCUUUUUGUACAUCAUACAGCCUCCUGCUAUGACAUGUCUUUGACUCAGAGGCCAUUGAUAUCUUUGCUCAAAUGAACACUAAGGUGAACGAAGGAAGAAGAAAGAAAGAAGGAUAGAUGGAAGGAAGAAAAGAAGGGAGGGAGAGAGGGACUGUUGCCCCCUUUGGCUCCCAUCACCCCCAAGGCCAAAUGUCAGAGGAUUUUUCUUAAGCCCGAGGGAGCAUCUCCUGAAUAAUAACCCCAACCCACCCCUGCCCUCCUCACCCUGUGGUUGACGUGUGUGCUCCAUUUCUGUAGGGGCCCAGUCUAGCUCUGUCCAGCCUUUGCACAUGCAGUUUCUCCUGCCUGGAAUAUUAUUCUUUCUCCUUUGCCUGGAAAAAUCUGUUAUUUUUCUAUGAACGCCCUUUAGAUAUUAUCUUCUCUGAAACAUCUUUGCCAGUUCUGGAACUGAAGCCCCUUGUCUAAAUUCCCAUGGACCCCUACACACCAGCCUCCUGUGAUUAUAGCACUGAUGACCUUUGCUUUGGAAUAUUGCCCCGUUCUCUGCCUGUCUCCCUAACUAUAUUCUGAGCAUCUGCAGAACAGGAACUGUGUCUUGCUACCCAGAUACUCCCUUCACUCAGCACAGUUCCUGACACAGAGCAGGGUGUCAGCUAUCCAGUGGAAUAUUCUAAGGCAUCAACCUGAAGCGUAGCUCAUGACACUUCUUAUUUAAUCAUGAAGGGGAUCCUAUGGGUUGGCCUUUGGGGCAGAACUCUGCUAGGAUGACCAGCCACAGCUUGAUGUGGGACGGACUGGGUUCACACAAACACCACUGGUCAGGGAGCCUGUUGACUGGGGGCUGGCUGAUUUGGAUGGCUUCGUGCAUAUAUUUCAUGGUUGGCUGGGGCUGUUGGCUCGGGAGCCUCGGUUCCUCUUUAGGUGGCCUUUCCCCAUAGCUAGUCCAGGCUUCCUCAUUAGGCCUCCUGAGAUCCAAAAGGGGGAGAAUGGAAAGUGCAAGGCAUUUCGUAGACUUGCUUCGAAGUCAGGCAGUGUCAUUUCCAUAGCGUUUUGUUGGCCAAAGCAAGUCAUAAAGCUAACCCAGAAUCAAGAGGUAGGGAAACAGACUCUCCCUUCUGAUAGUAGGAACUGCAAAGAAUCUGACCAUUUUUAGUCCACCAAAGGUAGGUACUCACUAUUUUUUUUUCUUUUUUUUUUUUUUGAAUAAAGAACCAAGAAGUUACCUAGUUACUGAAAGGCUUCAGCUAUCCAGAUGUAAAUCACCAACCAACCCCUGGGUAGAAGUGUAACCUUUCGUUGUGAAUAAAACUCCAUGCCUAAUGAAAACUUCAGAGUCACAAAAUCCCCAAGUAAUAGUGCUACAUGGAGCCAUGGAGAGCACGGUUUUUAUUCUUUGCAUUUUGCUGAGGAGGGAACAGGUGUGGAACGGUCACAUGGCAUGUCCAAACUCAUGAGGCUUAUUGGGGUCAGGGCCUGGGCCAAAAGCCAGCCUCCCUCCCUCCAAUCCUAUGUCCUUUACAAUUUAGCCUCCUGCCGUGGAGGGUAAUGUGGUGAAAAUAGUCCUUUGGCUUCGUGUUACUCUUAAAUGCAAUUGCGCCAUGUACCUGUGAAGGUGACAGAUACACACUUUAAUUAACUCAGGCCUUGGGUUGUUAAAUUACAGCAUUAAAAAAGCAUAUUUUGUGUGAUGUGUUGACAGUUGAACUGCUUUACAAUUUAGAAACUCCAUUUCUAAAUGUAAUAUGGAGAAUUAUUCUAGACAGCAGACUUUCUAAGAGUUGUUAUUUCCUGUGUAUGCGUGUGGCUGUGUGUAUCAGUGUAUUGUGUGUGAGAGUUCAUGGAGAAUCCCUGAAAUGGCUUUCUUUGUUCCUAAAGAAAACACUUUUGAUUUUCAGGUAUUUGUAUAAUGUCUCUAUGUUUUUGUGAUAGACUCAGAAAUCAGUUUUUGAUAAUUCAUUAGUAUAGUAUGUGCUAUCAGUGCAAAUUUGAAAGCCAUGUUGAUUAAUUUUGCUGUAGAGAGCAUUCUGCAGCUGCCUUUUGGGUUGAUUCUAUCAUCUGACGUCGUCUUAUUAAUCUCUGUUAAAUAAUUGUACAAAGUGAUCAGUUUCUAGUUGACAGAUGAUGGGUGACAUGAAGAAGAGAUUCAUGUUUGGGUAAAUUAGAUGCGAUCAGCUUCACACUAUCUUGUCAAAGAUGAAUGCAUUGGAGUGGGAGGAAUUUCUAAUGUAAAAAUUACUGAUUUCAGUCCCAAAUGGAGUCUCAGAUUUCCCAAUACUCAUCUCUUUUGAAUAAGUUGAGAAAGUAAUCUACUUUCAAGAUCUAUUUGAAUGAUAUUAACUGGUCUCUCCUGUUGAGUAUUAUUCCUAUUUCACUUUGAUUCUAAAUGAUCAGAAUAACUCUGGAAUGGAGUUCCUGGUGGCCUAGUGGGAUGAGGAUCUGGUGUUGUCACUGCUCUGGCAUGGGUUCAAUCCCUGGCCUGGGAACUUCCACAUGCUACAGGCGUGGCCAAAAAAAAAAAUAGUAAUAACUCUAGUACAUUUCAGUUUUGCUGAUUGGUUAGAGUCUCUUGGUGUCACUGACCCUGGUUUUACUCAUUUAAGGCAGCAUUUCAAAUGUAAUGUUUUCUCUCAGUUCAAUACCAAAAGAACAAAUCUGCACUGCACCAAAAUGAAGUUCAUUGUCAAAGUUAGUGUAUGGUAUUGUCAAAUGCAUUAAUAUAUGUACUUAAUAUAUAUGUUUAUUUUUAAAUUAGGUUGAAAUUUACUUCCUUUCUUAAAAGUUAUAGCAAAAUACUUAAAAUUAUAAUGUGCAAAUAGAUGGUAUAGCAUGAAAUAGAUGUUAAGUUUUUAAAACAAUGUCUUUAGGGUUUCAGCUUUUCCUGUCUUUUAGAACAAAUUAGCCAUUUUUUAUCCUAAGGAAGGGUUGCAUUAUAAAGCUGAUCUACAACUAACCUAUCAGAGGAAACACAUAGGACUCGUAUCUAGUUCUCUAAUGUAGCCAAAAGUGCCAUUUGUAAAACUACUUGAUGAUGGAUGUUUUCUGAAGCUCUUUUGCCUGGAAAAAAAAAAGUACAUUAAAAAGCUUUUUCUGUACAAUA